ACAACAACAGCAACAAAAGAAGAGGCAGCGGAACACUGACAACGUGCCUGUUUUCGCAACAGAAAUUAGCGCACAUUCCCAAAACAUAUUUACAUAUAUGCUGCGGAUUUCCCAUUCACACGGACAUCCAAGCAGCCAUCCAUACACCCAUAAACCUACACGUAUAUACACACGCCAGUGCGUAUAUAUCAGCGACGGCACGGAUACGACGGCAACACAUCGUCAGGAUGCGUUACGCAUUUUUUGGAUUAAUUGUGUGUCUGCUCACAGUUUGUCAACCACAAGCUGAGGCACAAUUUUUGCCUUUUGCUGGCGGUCCCUUCCAGCGGCCAGGAUUCAUCCAACAACCCUACCAGCAGCAGCAAGGCGUCAUCCGCGGUCCUCGCCAAGGGUCCGUGUCAAAAGCCAAUACAAAUGCUUACGAACGUAAUGUUGACUUUGGCAAUGUGGAACUAACAAAGGGUGUGUCCAACUCACGGGCCGUGACCAAAACGGCAGGUGGACAACGCAGCGUUGCGAAUAGUAAUGCGCAAACGCGUGAGAUCAAUUUGGGAGGCCUCGAGAUUGGCAACACGCUGACACGAACGCGCACCAACACGAAUGGUGCUGUGUCCGGAGGCAUUUCCGACCAGUUCCGUGUGGGUGAUGUGGGACUUGGUGCCUCACUGUCGCCGCAAAAUUUAAGAAACGGCUUCGGAUUGCAGCGUGGACCUGAUGGAGAUGUGCGCCUAGGCCUGGGUCUACUUAAUCUCGAUCUGGAUCCCAAUGUGGCCAACAGCAACUCCUUGUCGCAGGCUCAGGUCAACGCACAAGGCAGGGGAGCGCAGGCCCGUGCCAACAGCAACGCGCAGACAAACACACAGCAAUAUGGUGGCGUCAGUGUCACGGACACCCGAACCAAUUCCAAUGCUGUGGGCCGUACACGUUUCGGCCAGACAUCUGCGAAUACUGGCGGCUUUGGUGGCAAUGCCAUCACUCAGGGCAGCACUCUCGGUGGUAUCAGAGGGCCAUUUUUGCCACGUCGGCGACGUACACCUGUGGGCUAUAGGCAGCUAUCCACCAUUAAUAGGCCUGCCAGUCGUCUCAGUCGACCAAAGCGUCGGGCGCAGUUCGUACCCUUCGGCUAUCCGCAGGAAAACUUUGGUAACUUCGAAUUCGAUUUUGAUCGCCCUCGUCGUCAGUUUGGUCGUCCUGGAGCCUUUCAGCAGCCCAGCUUCCAGCAGCCCGGAUUUGGUGGCUUCCAGCAGCCCGGCUUUGGCGGCUUCCAGCAGCCCGGCUUUGGUGGCUUCGGCGGUCCUAGCUUCCAACAGCCAGGAAAGCAAGGGACCCAGGGAGCGGCAAAUGCAAAUGGUGGCCCCGGUUUUAACCAGCAGGCCGCCGUGAACUCACACUCUAAUCGCCAAAAUGGACCCAAUGGCUUCACCAGUGAUCAGGGCACCUCAAGUAUUAGCUCGAAUCUUGCGCAAGAUGGCAAUCGAGGACAGGUGAGCUCGGCGAACACAAACCAACAGAAAACGGUGAAUGCGGCAGGUACACGCGAAUCGAACAACGCCCAGAGCCAGUCGUUGAACUUCCAGCAGGGACAGCAGCAAGCGACUAGCUCCAAUGCCAACACGCUGCACACGCAGGAGGGCAAUCGACAGACGAUCGGAUCGAACAGCGGAUCUACUUCGACGAAUAACAAUCAGUUUGGCUCAGCCACGAACAUCGCCAACACCAAUACGCAGGUGGAACGGGAGGGUAAUCGGCAGACGGUAACUUCGGGAGCCAACAGUCAGUCCAUUCUUCAGGGAAACAAUGGACAGGGAAAUGCUGCGGCCAAUACGAAUGCCAACAUCUCCUCCCAACGCGGCCCCAAUGGCUUCGUUACCAAUUCGGCUUCCUCGAGCGCCACAGCCACCAGUCAAGGCGGUCAGAGUGCCAAUGCCAGUGCAAAUGCUUCGGCAGGUGGUGCCGCCAAUCGUGGUGGCAGCGGCGCAGGAGCCAAUGCUGGCGCCAAUAGCGGAAUCGCCGGUGGUGCCAAUUCCAACAGCAAUGUUUUGGGUGGUUUCAACAAUUUCCGUGGUUAGUUAAUAAUCAUGUUUAUUCAACUGACAACUUUUUUCGUACACCACUUUUUUUUUGUUUUUUGUCACUGUAAGCACCGAAUAAAAAUGCAUUUGUUAAUUUUAA